GGACAGUUGAGUGACGCCCCCUCACCCCCGGGCUCGGCGGAAAGCGACUCAUGGAACGGCCGUGAGACUUCACAUCACUUCACUGCCAAAAUGACAUCAUUUUCCACCUCUGCCCAGUGUUCAGCACCUGACAGUGCUUGCAGGAUCUCUCCAGAACAAACCAAUCAGGUACAACCAAAACUGCCUCUUUUGAAGAUUUUGCAAGCAGCAGGUGCACAAGGUGAAAUGUUCACUGUUAAAGAGGUUAUGCAUUAUCUAGGCCAGUAUAUAAUGGUGAAGCAGCUUUAUGAUCAGCAGGAGCAGCAUAUGGUAUAUUGUGGUGGAGAUCUUUUGGGAGAACUACUGGGUUGUCAGAGCUUCUCUGUGAAAGAUCCAAGCCCUCUCUAUGAUAUGCUAAGAAAGAAUCUUGUCACACUAGCUACUGCUACUACAGAUGCUGCUCAGACUCUCGCUAUCGCACAGGAGCACAGUAUGGAUAUUCCAAGUCAAGACCAACCAAAGCAAAGUGUAGAGGAAAGCCCCAGUUCCAGGAAAAGAACUGAAGAAGGCAAUAUUCCCACACUGCCUACCUCACAGUAUAAAUGCAGAAGUUCUAGGGCAGAUGAAGACUUGGUAGCAAAUUUAACUCAAGAAGAGAUGUCAAGACUGGAUCUCGGGUUUGAGGAGUGGGAUGUAGCUGGCUUGCCUUGGUGGUUUUUGGGAAACUUGAGAAAUAACUAUACACCUAGAAGUAAUGGCUCAACUGAUUUACAGACAAAUCAGGAUAUAGGUACUGCCAUUGUUUCAGACACCACAGAUGACUUGUGGUUUUUGAAUGAAUCAAUGUCAGAGCAAUUCGGUGUUGGGAUAAAAGUUGAAGCUGCUGAUCCUGAACAAACAAGUGAAGAAGUAGGGAAAGUGAGAGACAAAAAGGUGGUUGACAUGGGAAAAAAUGAUGACCUGGAGGACCCUGAAUCCAUAAGUGAUGAUACCGACACAGAAGUUACCUCUGAGGAUGAGUGGCAGUGUACUGAGUGCAAGAAAUUUAACUCUCCAAGCAAGAGGUACUGUUUUCGUUGCUGGGCCUUGAGGAAGGAUUGGUACUCAGAUUGUUCCAAGUUAACCCAUUCUCUCUCCACAUCUGCUAUCACUGCCAUACCUGAAAAGCAAGAAAGUGAAGGAAUUGAUGUCCCUGACUGCAGAAGAACUGUAUCAGCUCCAGUUGUUAGACCUAAAGAUAUUUACAUAAAGGAAGAAAACUCUGAACAUUUUGAUCCUUGCAACUCGGUGGAAUUCUUGGAUUUGGCUCAUAGUUCUGAAAGCCAAGAGACUGUAUCAAGCAUGGUAGAACAAUCAGGUAACCUUUUUGAACAGAGAAAAGAUACAGAAAACAUGGAGGAUUGCCAGAAUCUUUUGAAGCCAUGUAGUCUGUGUGAGAAAAGACCACGAGACGGAAACAUCAUUCACGGGAGGACAGGCCAUCUUGUCACUUGUUUUCAUUGUGCUAGAAGACUAAAGAAGGCUGGGGCUUCUUGUCCUAUUUGCAAGAAAGAGAUUCAGUUGGUUAUUAAGGUUUUUGUAGCAUAGCUGAAUCGGUGAAUUACAGACACAUAUUAACAGAGCUGGUCAUGUAUCCAAAUAUCAGUAUUGAGCAUCUCUACGCAGGGUGACUCAUUUCAUACUUUC